AUGACUACUGCGAUGGCGCACCAGGACUCUAUACACGAGAGACUGCAGCCGGCCGAGGAACCGCUGUACCUGCACCAUGGGGCGACCUGGAGCUCGGAGACGACGGAGAACCAAGACGACCACAGCACGGACAUGUCGCCUUACUACAACAUGCCAAAAAGAAACAAGAGAAAGAACUUCAAACCGCGGUGUGCGCCAAACGCUACGACCUACUCUGAUGACUCCAACGGAGGAAACUGCGAGAAUAACCUCACAAAUGGAAACGACAGAACAACACCCGAACAGGCUGACGAAGAAUCUGAUGGCUACAAUAAAAUUGGUGUCAAGAACUUCAGUCUGAUUAAAGGUGGCGCUGUCGACCUCAGCCGGCGAUUGAGCACCGAUUCAAAUGAAAACAUAGAAACAAAUUACCAGAAUACUGACGAAAAGAAAAUAGAUUCCUUCCAACGAUCGUACAUACACAGCCUGCAAGUGAACCAGCCGGCUGAGAGAGAUCAUACAGUGCUUAACUUUAGUAAUUUACAAAACAAAACAUUCUGUGCCAAAAAUCCUUUCGCCAUAUCACAGUUAAUAAAAACUAAUUCGCCUCCGCGGAGAAGGGAAUCCGAUUCUGAUGAUGAGGCCAAGGGUCAGGAUAUAAAUGCUAACGAUAGGCUUGAGAACCAAGUUAUAGGGGAGUCUAAUGAAAACCAACAUAAUGGUGAUCCGUCUAACGCUACGAAUAGAAUCUUGAGGGAUUACGCCAUGAAUACUAUGAAAGAACUAUUGGGUAUCUAUGGCUUAUCAUCGAAUGAAGUAGCAGACGCGAUCAGUGGCCAAAUAAGAGCGUUAGAAGCGCUCCAAGGUAAACCCUUUACUCAGUUACCUCUGAGUCUGAAGCGACGUCAUGAUUCAGGGGAUGGAACUGAUAGAAGUAUUCGAAGGUCUUCGUCAGCGACUGAAGAUGAAGGAUCAACCAACAUAACUCCUCCAAAAACACCUGACAAUGACAUUGAGGCCCAAAGACAAAGGGCUCUUCGGAUAAUAAACCAGCAAUCAAUGCGUUUGUUUCGUUCCGGGCGAGAGGAAGACAGUUCUGAUGAUGGAGACCAGACCCUCGACCUCAGUGUGUCCAGAGAUACAGACGGACAGGAAUUAUCAACAACUUCGAGCGCCGGUAACAGUGUUUCGGAGUACGAUCAAAACAUGAUGAUGAGGAAGAACCUCGAGGACCUCGCGAAUUUACAAAUGCAGAAUUUCUUCCAAAAACAAUCUAUGAUGGAUCCCGAAGACUCUCAGGAACGGAAGCUUCAAGCUAGUGGAUUGCUGUCAGCAUUGAAUCAUUUGGAUCAAGCUCGCAAGAACUCCAUGCAAACUACAGUGGAUUACUCCAGAUACGUCAAAAGGUACAGUUCAACACUAGAGUGUGGUUCAUCAUAUUGUAAAGAUUUGGGAUAUAGAGAACAUUUUCAUUGCAUGGAUUGCACUGCGAGGGUCUUCUGCAAAAAGGAAGAAAUGAUAAGACAUUUCAAGUGGCACAAAAAACGAGACGAAUCCCUAGCGCAUGGUUUUAUGAGAUAUUCUCCCCUCGACGACUGUUCAGAAAGAUUCAGUGACUGUCCUCAUAAUAGAAGUCAAACACACUACCACUGCAUACAAGAUGGCUGUGAUAAGGUGUACAUAUCAACAUCGGAUGUCCAGAUGCAUGCCAACUAUCACCGCAAGGACUCUGCCAUACUUCAGGAAGGCUUCCAAAGGUUUCGCGCCACUGAGAGUUGUUCGGCUCCACACUGUAUGUUCGCCGGACAAAGGACCACACACUUCCAUUGUAGAAGACCUGGAUGCACCUAUACGUUUAAGAACAAAGCUGAUAUGGAGAAACACAAGACUUACCAUAUUAAAGACGAGGCGUUAUCAAAGGACGGUUUCAAGAAGUAUAUGAAGAGUGAAGCCUGUCCGUAUAGAGAUUGCAGGUUUAGUAGAACCUGCAAUCACAUACACUGCAUCAGACCACACUGCAACUACGUGUUGCACUCCAGCAGCCAGAUCUUCACGCACAAACGGAAACACGAGAGGAAAGAACAGGAAAUGAGCUUUGGGUUGCCAACGUCUGUGAUCCAAAAUGCUUUAAUGCAAGGAGAUCUGUCUUAUACCAUGCAUGAUGACGACAUAUCUGUUGAGGAUUACACCCAAGCUUAUAACCAGCCCUUAGUGGAUGAAGUAGCGCGCAAAUACAUUGAAACUUUCAACGGCGCUAAGGAAGCAGAAGAUAAAUGCAGUAAAUGUAGCGCAUUUAACAAACACUACCACUGUUUGGCUGAAGACUGCAAGAUGGCGCAUAGUUGUCACAAUACAAUGAUAAAGCACGUCAUGGAACACGAACAACAGAACCAAGUUACGGAAGCUUACUUCGUGACGUAUACGAGGAAUAAUCCUUGCUCCAAUUCCGCAUGCCAGCAUAUCAAAGAUAUCACUCAUUAUCACUGUAUUUGGGAGAACUGUGGAGCUGUCAUACUAUCUUCAGAGGAACAUCCCUUCAGACGUUUAGAACAUCAUCGCCAACACGCCAAUCUAAGUCCCAUGUCGCCAAACUUGGCGGCUAGAUUUGCACCAAACUUCACUCCACAACUAUCGGCCCAAUUACACCCAAACAUGGCGGCCCAGUUAGGCCAGGUGUCAAAUCUGCCAAAUCUUCCACCAAAUUUGGCGCAAUUGGCCCAAAUGGCACCAAGUCUGACGUCACAAUUGACGCCGAAUUUACAAGCUCAAUUGAAUCUCGGACCAAAUCCUACGAUUGCACCACAACAAGUGAACCCAUCGAGUUCUUUGGACGAAAUGUUUAGCAGAAAGAGGGGAAGACCUCCGAAGAAUCGUGUUGUAGAGGUCUGGACAGAUAAUGUAACUCCUCAAGCCAUAUUCACGUCAUUCAAACUGCCGAAGAGCAAUCAAUUGCCACCUCUCGUACAAUCACCAAUUAUCGCUACAGUCGAAGAAUUUCCAAGAAUCAGAUUCCAACAUUUCGAAGUGUUCACAACACCUGAUUCGUGCAGUCAGUAUUAUGCGAAUUGUACAUUAAGAUCUACGAGGUUACAUUUCCAUUGCUUCAACUGUAGCUUCACGGGCGAAACACACGUGACAAUGGAAACACACAUGAGGGAAUCACAUUCAAUAGCCCCACUAUUAGAAGGCUUCGAUUAUUUCUCCUCUUUCGACCAAUGCGGUGGAAAAAGCUGUUUCAAAAACCAAUUAAGAUCGCACUUCCAUUGCGCCCAAGGAAAUAAUUGCCCGGCAAUUUUAACUCAAUACUCAGCAUUGGCCACCCAUAAGCACGGCAGAGGCACUCCUGUAAUUAAAAGUGAAUCAGAACAAGAAAAAUCUUAUGAAGAAGCCAAAGAUUAUUCUAUCAAAGAACGUGCUUCAGCUGACAGCGUCGCUUCUAUGAAAGAACAAUCUGAAUCAUUUACACCCACAAAUUUCUCUAUUAAAAGCGAAUUCGAUAGAGAGCAGGACAAUAUUUCGGUAGUAAAAGCGACAGGUACUUUCUACCCGUCAUCUCAUCUUAGAAACUCAUCUCCUUCGCCAAGAAGUAUCUACGACGCCUCCCCGUCUAAAGAUAUUAAGUACGAAAAGAAAUUCGAGCCAAAAUUAACAGGGCCGACAAUACCGCCGUCUUGUCACGAUCAAAACUGCCCGCUGAACAAAAACGCUGGGUCAAUGAACUUGCAUUACCACUGCCCACAUUGCAGCCAAGCUUAUGUGGAUUUGAAGCUGUUAUUCAGUCAUAUGGUCAAAAAACAUAGCAACGCCAUCGAACCGGGGCCAGUCGGAUUGGCUGCUACAAAGGAAACGCUGGAGAGAGAGUACCCAGAAAUUUCAAUUCUACCGUCAACAGCGACAUCUUCAAACGCCCAGACGCCACAACAGGGUCAUCGACCUCCGAAUCCUGCUGAACAGGUGCAAGCUGUUCAAUCCCUACUGCUGCAACAGUACUUAGGCUCAGGUCGUAAGUCGCUGCAGGAUCAGUUGAAGAUGCAGCAGUACUCAUCACUGGCAGGCCUGCCAGGAUUAGCUCAAGUAGCGUUAUUCUCUCAAGGUGGUUCCGCAUUCCCGAUGUAUCCGACCAUGUUGUAUCCGCCCGAGCUGCUUCUAGAACAGAGUCUUCUACAAAACCACGGACUACCGCCAGGAUUGGACAAAGAAGCAGAAAUGAUUGCUAAAUCCAGGCGCAGUACUGGAGCCAGAGGACCUCAUAUGAGGGUUUUAAAAGAUGAACCCAUACCGGAUGGAUACUUGCGCUUCCGGUUCAAUGAGGAUUGCGCGUAUCAGCAAUGUGGAUAUAGGGAACAUCAAACUCACUUCCACUGCACAAGAAAGGAUUGCGGCUACUCAUUCUGCGAUAAGACAAGAUUUGUUCAACACACAGCCAGACAUGAACGUCUGGACACUCUAAUGGGUGGUGACUUCCAACAGUAUCGAGCAAACGUUUACUGCCAGCGACCAGAGUGCCCACACGCCUCCACAUUCGGUACGGGACAGAACAAAGCUUCUCAUUUCCACUGUCUCAAGUGUGACUUCGUGUGUACUGACACUAACAAGGUCGUGGCUCAUAGACGACAACAUCAGAAACUUGACUCCAUACAGGCCGCUGGCUUCCAGAAGUUUCCACCAAGCAAAGCCUGCGGCUACGAGCCUCAGUGUAUUCACAGUAAGAAGCAGACACACUACCACUGCCUCCAGUGCGGGUUCGCGGUCCUAGGUCUCUCACAGAUGACGUCACACAAGUACAAACACCAGGAAUCGAACCUAGGACCCUCAACCAGCGGUACUAACUGA